CUUAAUACCGCGUUCGCUUUCGUCUCGUUCGCUCCGCUUUGCCGUUUCAUACCGUCUACCGUGCGUUUCCGAGCUUUUCCGCUCUGCAUUCUCCGACGUUGCUGCUCUGAUUUGUUUUCGAGUGCUAUACUCGCGGAUUUUUCGAUUCAGUUUCUGUGCCGUGCCGUGUUUUUGCCAUGUUUUUGUUGCCAGUCAUAUGAUGGAGGCGUCGCGGAACGUGUCGUAGCUCCUGUGCCGCUCCUUCUGCUCCCCUCCCCUCCUCCUACUUUGUCCCGCUCGAAAGUGCAGGAAAAGAAGGAGACGGCAAAGCCAAGCUUGGCUGGAAAGUGCCAAAAAAGGCGAGGAGGAAAAGAAACGGAAAGAAGAGCAACUGGAAUAGCGGUUCGCGGACAGGGCAGGGCAGCGACGCUGACGGCGACGCCUGCGCCGGCAGAGACUGGGAACAGACGUGAGCUUGGAGCGUUCCAUUUAAAUCAGAACGGUUACGGGAACCGAGAAGCGACGGAGCGACGUCACCGCCGCCGUCACCGUUAACAAAAAGUGUCAACCGAGUGCCUGCAGCGCUUCAAUUCAGCGUGCGCCGCUUAACGGUAACGGUCCUGGGACGCGAUCGCUCAGCUCUCUCUUUGAUUUUUCGCGAUUUUUCCCCCUACUUGCCACCCACGCCCCAUCCAACUCAAAAACGCGAAGGAGUGCGAAGAAACAUAACGGUGCCUUUUAAGUGUUUUUUUUUUUUUUUUAAUAACAUUUCUGGAGCGGGUAGAGCAUGUCGCCAAACCGAUGGAUCCUGCUGCUCAUCUUCUACAUAUCCUACCUGAUGUUCGGGGCGGCCAUCUAUUACCACAUCGAGCACGGCGAGGAGAAGGAGGCACGGGCCGAGGAGCUAAAGGAGCGCAUCGAGAUCAACGCCUAUCUCCUAGAGGAGCUUUCGGACAAGAAUGUGAGCACACAAAACGAGAUUCUCGAGCGGAUCACAGAGUAUUGCGGCAAGCCGGUGACGGACUACACCAAGGAUGAGCACGAUAUACCAUACACUUGGACCUUCUACCAUGCCUUCUUCUUUGCCUUCACCGUGUGCUCCACGGUGGGCUAUGGCAACAUAUCGCCGACCACUUUUGCCGGCCGGAUGAUCAUGAUUGCGUACUCGGUGAUUGGGAUACCCGUCAAUGGAAUACUCUUUGCCGGCCUGGGCGAGUACUUUGGACGAACGUUUGAGGCUAUUUACAGGCGCUACAAGAAGUACAAAAUGUCCACCGACAUGCACUAUGUGCCGCCGCAACUGGGCCUGAUCACCACGGUGGUAAUUGCCCUGAUACCGGGCAUAGCUCUCUUCCUGCUCCUGCCCUCGUGGGUCUUCACCUACUUUGAAAACUGGCCGUACUCCAUUUCGCUGUACUACAGCUAUGUGACCACCACGACGAUUGGUUUUGGUGAUUAUGUGCCCACCUUUGGACCCAAUCAGCCUCGGGAGUUUGGCGGCUGGUUCGUGGUCUAUCAGAUCUUUGUGAUAGUGUGGUUCAUCUUUUCCCUGGGCUACCUGGUCAUGAUCAUGACGUUUAUUACCCGGGGAUUGCAGAGCAAGAAGCUGGCGUAUUUGGAGCAGCAGCUGUCCUCCAAUCUGAAGGCCACUCAGAAUCGCAUUUGGACGGGCGUCACCAAGGAUGUGGGCUAUCUGCGGCGUAUGCUCAACGAGCUCUAUAUACUCAAAGUGAAGUUUUGUCGAAAGGGAAAUAGAAAGAAGCCGAAGAAUAAGGCUCCGGCUGAGCAGAAAAAGAAGAGCCCCAGAUAUAUCGCCUAUACGCUGCCCCGUUCCGCCUCCUGUCCGGAUCUCAGCAUGUAUCGCAUUGAGCCGGCUCCUAUUCCCAGCCGGAAGCGGGCCUUCUCCGUUUGCGCCGAUCUGGCUGCUGCCCAGCAGCAGAAUGCCACCGGCAUUAUGGUGCACGCCAGCUCCGACACGGAGCUAAGCAAACUGGAUCGCGAGAAGACCUUCGAGACGGCGGAGGCAUAUCGCCAGACCACCGAUCUGCUGGCCAAGGUGGUCAGUGCUUUGGCCACCGUCAAGCCCCCGCCAGCAGAGCAGGAGGAUGCAGCGCUGUAUGGAGGCUAUCACGGCUUCUCCGACUCACAGAUAUUGGCCAGCGAAUGGUCCUUCUCCACGGUCAAUGAGUUCUCCACGCCGCGACGUCCGCGGGCUCGUGCCUGCUCCGACUUCAAUUUGGAGGCACCGCGCUGGCAGAGCGAGCGGCCGCUGCGUACCAAUCAGCACAACGAGUGGACAUGGAGUGGGGACAACCAGCAGAUCCAGGAGGCCUUCAAUCAGCGCUACAAGGGCCAGCAGCGGCCCAAUGGUGCCACGAUGGUGCAUUUGGAGCCGGAUGCCCUGGAGGAGCAGCUCAAGAAGCCUUCCCCGGCGGCGGCGGGGGGACGAGUCAAGAAGUUCUCCAUGCCGGAUGGUUUGCGUCGCUUGUUUCCAUUCCAGAAGAAGCGUCCCUCGCAGGAUGUGGAGCGCAAGCUGUCGGUGGUGUCAGUGCCCGAGGGCAUUGCCUCGCAGCAACAGCCCCGCUCGCCGCUGGACUUCUACAGCAACACGGUCACGGCGGCCUCCAGCCAGUCCUAUCUGCGCAACGGUCGCGGUCCGCCGCCGCCCUUCGAGUCGAAUGGCAGCUUGGCCAGUGGCGGCGGCUUGACCAACUUGGGCUUCCAGUUGGAAGAUGGCAUCGCCGGUCCAGCGCCUGGAGCCAGCAGCGGAGCCUAUCAACGUCGCGCGGCGGCUGGCAAGCGGCGUCGCGAGAGUAUCUACACCCAGAAUCCAGCGCCCUCGGCUCGCCGCGGCAGCAUGUAUCCACCCACCGCACACGCCCUGGCCCAGAUGCAGAUGCGACGCGGCAGCCUGGCCAACAGUGGCUCCGGUUCGGCGGCCAUGGCAGCGGUGGCCGCUCGUCGCGGCAGCCUCUUCCCGGCCACGGCCGGUGGUUCCGCCUCCUCGGUGGCCUCGGCACCGCGUCGCAGCAGCAUCUUCUCGGUGACCUCCGAGAAGGAUUUGAAUGUGCUAGAGCAGACCACCAUAGCGGAUCUAAUCCGUGCCCUGGAGGUGGUCCACACCCAUGCCGUGCUUGAUGAACAGCAGCAGCAACAGCAGGCGGCGGCCACGGCAUCUGGAGCCAAGGGUAGUCGGAAGCAGCGUAAGAUGGGCAACGCGGGGCUGGAUCCGCCGCAGUUGCCGCCCAUUCUCUCGCUCUUUGCCGGCGACCAGACCAGGUCCCUGCAGGCGGCAGCUGCCAAUAGGCUUUAUGCCCGUCGCUCCACAAUUGUGGGCACCAUGUCGCCGCUUGGCGGGGGAGGAGGAGGCGCAGGAGCAGGUGCCACGGCUAGAUCCCUGCUGGAACCCCCGCCCAGCUAUACCGAGAGAGCAGGCGGCAGCCAGGGGCAGUCCCCGUCUGUGUCGGGUCCAUCGACUGCCGCUUCCGGUCAGAGCAAGUUCCGGCGCCGCUUCAGCGUGCGUCCAACGGCUCUGCAGAUUCCACCGGGCCAGGCGCCACCACCUGGUGCCAGUUUGGCUGAGCAGUCCUUGCCGUCCUCCUCCUCCUCGCAGUCGGCGCUGCAGCGCCGCCUCUCGCUGCGCCCCUCGCCGCUGGCCCGCGAACUGUCGCCCACCUCGCCCACCGGCGGAAGCUCAGCGGUUGGAGGAGGAGCUGUGGGCGGUGUCACAGAGGAGUCUGUGCCAGCCUCGGCGCAGCGACUAUUGCCGCUGCCGGCGGGCACGAGACCCAGCACCAGCAGCACCCACUCACCGCUCUCGAGGAUCGUGCAGAUCUCGCAGGCGCAGCGCAAGAGCAGCAUGCCCACCACGGGCGCAGGGUCGCCGCCAGCCACCGAGAAGUAGUUAGUUUCCUAAUCCGUAAGAUGUAUUGCCAACUCGUAUAUAUUUCCAAGUCGAGGAACUGUUGUUUUUUUUCCUGUUUAUAUUAUAUAUCCCACAUAGUCGAUAAGGCUGCCAAAAGUCCUUAGUUGUUAUGAUAAUGUUACUGUUAUGAAUACCUUAUACCAUACACCAUAUACUACCAGUUAUCCUAGUGUUACGCGCAUGUAUCUCUCUCUCUAUUGUUACUACUGUAUUUAUGCCCAUCUGUAUCCACAUUCUAUUUCGUAUAUUUUCCUCUAUUUGUAGUGCUAAGAAGGGGCUUAUGUGAACAAAAGAAUCCAUAUAUUUUCCAGAGAUCGAACAGGGGUCUUCUCCUUUCGGUUGUAUAAUUCCAUUGAGCUCUCUGAGAGUGGCUUCCAUUCGCCGAACAUUCUCCAAACAUGUUGUUAAAUAAUAAAGAUAAUUUGUUAAAGCAA